GCUUGGCUGUUGCAGUGGUUGCUAAAGAGAGUGGGCGUGCGGCUUCCUCUGGGGCGAUCUGAUUUCUCCGGGAGCGUGGUUAAGGCACGCUUAGGAGAAUAUCGUCCUCCGUGGAGCAGGGACGUGACCUCUCUGCCGGCAACGUCGGCCGUGCUGAGCAGGCUGCUCGGGUGCCUGGGCACACUCGGAGCUGUUUGCUUUGGGGGGGGGAAAAACGAUUAGCUCAUUCAUCCACCCUGGGAAAACAUCAUCCAGCAGCGAAGAGCAAAGGGAGCAAGUUUUCAGGGUGGCAGAGAGACCUUUGGGACCAGCCCUGAGGAGCGGGCAAGGCCGCCGGCUGCCGCCGGCUGAGCUCCAGCCCUCGGUGGGUUCCCCGUGGGGUGGUGAGAGCGGCGGGGAGGGAGCGACGGUGCAGCAGCCGCCUCCACGCGACCCUCCGUCCCUGCUCCCACCGGAGAGACCUGGCAGGAGCCAGACAGCUUCGUCGGAACCCGGCCAAAAGUCAUGCAGGCGCGAGCGCAGCCGGGCAGAAGCGGCAGCCUCAGCCCCCGCAGCCCCGUGUCGUGGGGCGCGGGGCAGCACCUGCCCCCCGGGCUCCCCAGGGCCACGCUGCGGAAAUCAGCAUCGAUGUACACUGACAUACAGCGGGAGCGACCAGACAGUGGGAAUAUCCUGACUCACCCAGACUACAUAGAUGGAAACCCAGACCUCAUCAAACCUAAAAAGCUCCUAAAUCCUGUAAAAGCCUCGAAGAGCCAUCAAGAGCUGCACAGAGAGCUGCUGAUGAACCACAAAAGAGGUUUGGGCAUGGAGAGCAAGCCAGAGCUGCAGCGGGUGCUCGAGCACCGACGGCGAAACCAGCUCAUCAGACAGAAGAAGGAAGAGGAAGAGGCAAAGAAAUUGCAGUCUCCUUUUGAAAAAGAGCUAUUAAAGAGGCAUCAGAGACUGGAUCAGCUGGAGAAAGAGCAGGAGAAGCAGGAAGACCAUGCACCAGAAUUCAUUAAAGUCAAGGAAAACCUGAGAAGAACAUCGACGGUGACUGGGGAUGAGAAAGCAGCGUAGCUUCUGCCAAAACUCAACAGGGAUCCUACCAAGGCCAGCGCUAACACUUACACUCUGACAUCUCUGUACAUGGUGGACAUUCACAGCCGCAUCAUUGGGGCUACUUAUGGUUAUUAACACUUGCUCCAGUAGAAGGCACAAAAAAGGUUUUCCUAGCCCAGGAAGCUGUCACUGUGGAAAAGGUGCAGUAUUCACCGAACAAGUACUCACACAAGGAGAUGCAGAGAGAAAUGAUGUUAUUUUUCCCCCCGGAUUGUGGGUGCACGCUAACCUCCAGCUAACUCUUGCUUAACUCUUGAGACACAGCGACUGUUUAAGCCAGGGAAGUCUGUGGAGGAAUGGAUUGGGGGACCCCUGCUUCUUCCUGGAGGCAGGCUCACCAGGCACAGGGUGACAGGAGGGCGGCUGCAGCUCUGGAGAACCUCCUGGAAACCUGGCGUGGUAACUAAAAGGGACAAUCUGCGUAUUACAGAGAACAGCCCAGGUGACCAUAGCGGCUUUCCCAAGGGUCACUGGUAUGGCACCCGUGUGCGAGUCAAGCCUGGCUGGGGCUGUGUGUCCCAGCAGCACACCCGUACUAUUAGAAAAAUCAACCUCUGUGUGCCCAUACCAAUGCAGCACAGGCAGGCGCAACUGUUCUUCACGAGCGCCUUUAAACUGCAUUUCAAACCCAUUUGAAAAUAGCUAUUUAGGCAGUUCCAUGCUCAGGCAGAAAAUAUAUUGGACUGUACCGCCAAUGCCCCAAGUGGGAGGCAAACGCUCUGUGCAGAAAGCAAAGGCUGGGUGUUUUCAGCGUGGGUGUUCAUGGAAGCGUGCAGUGACCAGCCAGCAGAUCCCUGUGGAUGUAGCAGACAGACAAACUGCUGCUUGCCCCUGGACUACUGAGCUUCAGCCAUUCACCCAGCAGCUGGACGUGUGCUACCAUAGGGACCCACAAAAAAACAUCAUGUGUUUGAGAGGUGGUAAUGUGGUAGUGUCAUACUGGUGUCAGGCCGCUGUCCUGUUAAGCACCCUGCGCACAGGUGGCAUCUGUAGGCACCAGGGCCCACGGGGCACGUAGGUACUGAUGGAAAACUAUUUGUCAGUGCUUCUCAUCCCCUUCUCCAGAGGUCAGAGCUGCCUCAUUUCAGUUGCCACCUUGCAAAGCUAAAACUCUUCUUGCUGCUGGUAUAGCAAAGCUGAGAUAGAUGGUGCAUUUGCACCGUGUAUGGACAGAGCCUACCACAUUUAUGGGGCACCCAUGCCCUGAGGUGUCAACACCUAGAGCUAAAAUUGCGCCUUCAGGAAGAUCUCAGCUUCUUGCUUCUCACAUCAGCCCUGAUACAAAGCCUAAACAGCAUAACUCACCGACUGCCUUUGAACAUUGGCUUUUGAAUGGGAAGCCUCAAUGGACCUAGUCAGCUGGGAAAGUAAUACCUGGUUAAAUAAUAUCUACUAUCCACAUCUUCAGUGGAUGCAUGUGUAAAUUAAGGGAAACUGGGCAUUUAUCACAUAUUUAUUAAAAAGUCAUUAAUCCAUUCCUAGUCUCCCUGGUCCAUGGGGUGUUUCAUUUCAGAGGGCCGUCGCUCGACCUGGCAGCUUGAGUAAAACAUCUGAGCCACAUCACAUGUCAAGAGCAGUGACACAGGGACAGGGCUUCUGCAACAGAUCAGACUAUAAAAGCCCUUAACUCAGUUUCAGUCCUUGAGAGCCCCAUCUCAUGGUACUGUCUCUGCGGUAGUUUUUAAGCCCCUUGCUCAUCAUGCUUAUUCCAAACAAGUUUUUAUUUCAAAAAUCCAGUGCAUAUGGUCAUUAUGGGUCAAACAAGAUCUGAAAGGAUCUAUUAUGUCCUUUCCAACUGUGAAGCUUUUCAUAUAGGUUAUGAUGAAAACCACGAGGAAGAAGCAGCAUCAAACACUUUUUCAGGGGGAAAAGCCGCCAAAUUUCUCCAAGAAAAGAAAGGUGUUGCUAAGGAUGUUUGUACACAGCUGUAAAGAAUGCUGUACGAUACUCCAUAGAUAAGAUCAGUUUAAAUAACAAGCCAGAAUUACUGUGCUGGGGUUUUGUGAGGGGUUAUGGCACAGAUUAAGUAACCUUGAUCAAAGAGCUCAAAAAAAUUCAGCAAAUUAAUUUGUAAUUUUGCCACAGAUGGAAAUGCACUCCAGGAGAGGCAAUCUGUCGCUCCAUAUGCACCAGUGAAAUCAGUGUUAUCAGCUCACCCAGGCUGGGACGGGGGCAUUUAUGCAAGUCCUUGGGUGGAAGCCAUCCGGUAAGGUCUGGGUAAGCUGAGUGCUCAGAAAAGGUUGAAAAUAUUUUGCUGCGGUCUACUUGAGUACGCAAAUAUUACCUGGGGGGGUGGAAAUCAAGGUGUCUCCCUUUGGUGUCCACCAAGCAGAGAAGGGGGCUGCACACCAUGAUUGCUAAGGGGUGUCUGGGUCAUUUUCAGCAGGUGUCCAGAAGGGAAAGGGAGGGCCAGAUCAUACUGUCCUCACUCUGGCUGAGCUAAUAGAGCCACAAGAAAUCCUUCCAGCGGUGGAGAGACAGCAGAAAGCCCUGACCCGGCUGCCCACUGGGACACCGUGGGCUGUAAGCUGGGACCCAGCCGCACGUCCACGCACGGACCCACCAAACUGGCCACAAGCAGCCGGCGCUGGCAAGCUCCCACGGAGCCGGGACGGGCUGUAGCAGCCCCAUGGCACACAGCGGGACGCGUGGUGCUUCGUCCCCGGCAAGAGCUGCGGGCUCCAGCCCUCCGUGACAGCACGUGGGAAACGAUGCUUUCACUGUUCAAGCGUUGGCUUAAAAAAUCACAGCGUUUUCCAACACAGCUCUUCUCACCCCUGCGAACCGAUAACCGUCUCCCUGGCUGGGCUCAGACCCAGAGCCUGUCCAACCUUCACCGAUGCUUUUGUGCUUCAUGGCGCUGCAGAGUGGAGGUGGCACCUGAAAAAACAUCAGUGUAGGCAUCACCAGGAAGAUUUUGGGGUAACUUUGUGUCUCUUUUUCUUUUAAAUGAAUUCCUCCCUGUCUCCCUAAAACACAUUCCUGAAUAAAUGCGGUGUAUCCAGAAGAUACAGAUUAUCAGAGUAUUGAUGGAAGACAAUUUUUUGCACUGUGUAUGUUGCCUAUGUGGUAUAUAGUCUAUAUUCUGUGUUGAUGUUUAUACGUUUAUAUAAAAAUACGUCAUGCAACUCUACUUAAUUAACUCACGCUGUUUAAUAUGGACACUUCUGAAGAAAUAAACUGAACAAAGAUUGUAUGUUUUGCUCUUUUCCAUGAGGAACUGAAAAAGCUCUGAGGAUGCAAGCAGACAACAGCCAAAUAAACUGAAUGAACAUAAAAA